GUCUUUGUUCUUUGGGACUCAUAAUAUAACUGAUUUGUAUUGAAGCAGGAUUUUGAGGAAAAGUAAGUAAAAAAUAUGAUCUGGGAAUUCACGUGAGGAGGAUUAUAUUCAUUUGAAUUCAUUCUAUUUCUACCCUAUCAAUGGUUUUGACAGUUUUUGAUACAUAAUACCCGUCCAUGCAGUAGUACCACUUGGUUUGUCACUGCAACCGCCUAUGCUUGUUUGUAGAAAGCAGAAACCGACAUCCAUCGUAGAAAACAACAGAAGCCACGUCCUCUUCUUCUUGUUCUUGUUCUUUUUGAAUUCAAUCUCAUUAUCAUCCUCUCUCAUCUCUGGCCCACUUUGUAUCAAUCCUUCUCUGUUCUCUCACUCUGCUGUAUUCUGUUUUCCACUUCCUACUUUUCUUAUCAUCUUUCAUUCCAAUGCUUCAGUUUUUUUCUGAAUUUAUGAAAAAAGAAUAGGCAAGGCAAGUUAUGGCAGCAGCAGAAGUGAGGGCUGCAAGGCAGAAAACUGCAGAUCAUUGCGUUGUCCAAGAAGACGCCAAACGAGCUCCUAAGUUUGCCUGUUGCCAAUCUUCAUGUGCAACAUCAAAAUUGGUUGAUGCUGGAUCUGCCAGUGCAGCAGAUGAACCUGAUCAGGCUUGUGUUAAUGACACUCAUGUUAACCAAAAAUCUUCAUUUUCCAAUAGAAUUCUUGACUCAAGAUGGUGGUUGAAUUUGCAUCCUAACUGUGGGUUUGAAAAAGGCUUAGCAAAUGAGAAGUUAAAAGCUUUGGAGGAAAAGGUUGAAAAUUUGGAAGUUGGUGAAGAAAAUGAAACAUGUAAAGGAGAAAACUUCCAGGAGGGUAUUAAGCAGAAAACUUGUAUGAAAGGAAUGCAAGAUGAGAUGAUGGAGAUUGAUUCUGUUGGAUGCUCCAACCAAACAUUAGAUUUCUCAUUGAUUUCAGAUUAUUCUUGGAUUGAAGGUGAGAAACCCCAUCCAUGGUGGCAAACUACAGAUAGAAAUGAAUUAGCUAGCUUUGUGUCACAGAAAUCACUCAACAAUAUUGAGAAUUGUGACCUUCCUCCUCCUCGGAAGAACUACCUAGGAGGACAAUCAAAUGCUUAUAUCAGUGAUGAGAAAAUUAACACAAUAGGUUUUGAUUGGGAAGCCAAAUCUAGUGUCUUCUCCAAUUUAACUGAUCAGGCACAGGGAAGUUUGGAUUCAGGAUUUAUGCAAGGAAAUCUAAGACAUUCACAUUUUGCUUGUGACAAAUCUCCAAGUUAUACCAGUACCAUCCAUGAGGAUGUCACAGAACAAGCUUUUGAGGGAGACCAAAGCAUAGCUCAACUUAUGGAAGCACUGUGUCAUUCUCAAACACGUGCAAGGGCAGCAGAGGAGGUAGCAAAACAAGCUUAUGCUGAGAAAGAGCACAUUUUUACACAGUUUUUAAUGCAGGCUUCACAACUUCUUGCAUAUGAACAAUGGUUUCGUCUGCUGCAGCUAGAAACUGAUAACACUUCUCAAAUUAAGAAUAAGGAUCAGCAAGUCUCUACAAAAUUCCCAGAGACACUUCCAUGGAUAUUAUUUGAAGGUAGGAAACUACAGAAGAGAAAGAAGCUACUUGUAAAUGCCAAAAAAGAAAUGCUAGGCAAGCUAAAAAGUGAUAGAAGAACAUAUGCUGUUGCAUUUGCUUUAGGAUUGAGUCUUGUUGGGGCUGGCUUACUCUUAGGAUGGACUGUUGGUUGGAUGUUUCCUCGUUUGUAGUUUUGUAGGGUGUAGAGCACAGUCAGCACACUGCUUUUUCAUGAAGAUUGGUAAACAAGGGACAAUGGUUAAUAGAGAAAGAAGCCCAAUUUAUUUUCUCAGGGAUGAACUAUGUAGGCAGUUUGUAAAUUUGUUGGUCCUUGAUGUAUAUUGUGCUUUGUACCUCUGUGAUUAUGCUAGUUGUGGUCCCAUUUGGAAUAUUGAGUUGUUAGCAUAUGGGAGUUUCUUAACUAAGAUUAGUAUUUAACCAAUAAUUAUUUGUCCACACCUCUAAAUUGAGGUGGAAAGAGGUGGAGGAGGAGAGAGAUAGGAAGAAAAGAAAAAGUAAGAGAGAAAGUAUAAGAUGUGAUAGAUGAUAAGAGGAGAGAGAUAUAAAUAAAAAUA